GAUGACACCGCCUUGCGUUGAUGACGCUCGCCAUCGGGAGACAUUUGGACAGCCUAUGUAACCCACAUACCGAGCAACAAAUGGUGCGUCUGUGCCGGAGAUGUAGCUGAAGCUGGACUUUAGAGAAGAUGCCCGGCGCCAGUGAUCCUCCGCAGAGGCAGCAGCGGGAGGACGCUAUCAUCUGUUGAUCGGAUUGGACGCAGUUAAAGCGCAUUAUCAUGAGCCGCCGCGGUCCCACUUCCAGGUGAAAUUUGAGGAGAUUGAAAUGAUUCCAAAGUCAGGAAAAUCUCCAGCAGACUCACGAAAAGGUGUCGGCAUCCACGAGUUUGCAGCGCUCGCCAGAUCCUCCUUAAAUGGUAUCUCCCAGGCGGUGAGGGAUCAUGUGACGAAGCCCACCUCGCUGGCUCAAGGCCGGGUCGCCCACCUCAUCGAGUGGAAAGGCUGGCCCAAACCUGCAGGUCCUACACAGGCCGCCCACUCCCAGUUCAGCUCCUACUGCCACCUGACUGAAGGGGAGAAGGAGGCCCGCUUUGCUGCAGGAGUGGCUGAGCAGUUUGCCAUCGCUGAGGCUAAGCUGCGCGCCUGGGCGUCCAUUGAUGACGACGAUGAGGAAGACUCCAACGAUGAAGACUCCCACGCCAACGGACAGACUCACGCCAUGGCCACCCAGAGCUCAGAUGCCACCAUGUCCAGUCCUAUCACCGGAGCGCCACGCCAGCCUGAGGUGGACGGCGGUGAGGCGGCGCCCUUGGACAGCCUGCUGGACUCCAGCAUCGUGGGCAGGCUGCUCUGUGGUCGGCCCGCAGCUCACGACGACCUACAUUCAUCCCAGACCGACUCACCUACUUUACCCAGCGACUGCUUGAGUCCGUUCCUGGAGGAGGAGGAGGAAGGGGAGGUGAGGCUGGAUGGUCUCGAGGAGCAACCGACACCUUUGCAGGAGCAACGCAGCGAAGUCUGCGUCCACAACAAGCCUGAGUUCAGGCCUCGGGGCCGAAGCAGCAGGUUCGACUCCUGCUACUCCACCUCACACUCUGAGUCUCCUGGAGAGGAGGACGAGGAGGACGAGGAGGAGGAAGGCAGCGUGUUCCACGAGGUUCGGGUUUGGCACUGCAGGAGCUUCUUCUCUGACCGGGCGUCCUCUGGAGUGGCGUCAUUUGAUGAAGAGGAGGAGAGAGAAGAAGAAGUAGUUGAAGAGAAGGAGGAGAAAGAAUAUUUGAUGUGAUGUGUUGUUCAUCUUUAUGUCUCUUUGAGUCUGUGUUGAUUCUGGAUAUGACAAUCUGUUCUGCUUCCACCGUACACCUCCUCCUCCACCUCUCCUUCCUCUGAUCAUCUGUCCUCCACUCGCUGCCUUCUGUCUCUCAUCCUCCAGGUCUUUCAUACUCCGAUCUCACUCCACUGCUGCUGUAAACAGUAUAUAUGUUGGAGAGUUCAACCAGAAUGUAAAGCUGUUGUUCAAACUGAGUUUUGUACAUUUUUUGUGAGGAGUCACGUGUCGCUAUCUCAUUGGUUUUCUAUGGAUAUUUUGUAGUGUUGUUUUAUCGGGGUCAUGCCGUGUCAUGUGGGUUGGGCUAUGUUUGAUAUCGGAUGCCUGAAUGUCCUACAUAUAUAAAUAUGAUUUUUUUUUUUGAAAGAAGA